UUUAAUAUUGAAGUUAUUAUCAUUCAAACUCAUUCAUUUUUAUCCCAAAACGUGUUAUGUUAGUUAAUGUUGAAUUGAUUCCUAUGGUCCAUGGAUCUCUCUCAUAGUUUAUUGAUGUAUGAGUUUUCUUAGAUGUUACGAUAUAAGGGGGGAAAUUAUCAUAUUUCCUAAACGAACCACACACUAGCCCUCGAAUUCUAAAGACAUAAAACAUAGAAUAUUGUUGGACUACUGGUACCGGUUACUAAAAAAAAUUUCAUGUCCAUUAGAUAUCGGGAUACAAAAUACAUGCAAUUAGUUGUAUCAAAAAUCGGACGGAGGGUCAAUUUACUCUAGAUUGUAUGAUCCGGUAGUGAAAAAUCUAAUACCUUUGCCAAAGAAGUGAGAUUCCCAUGCGUAAUGAGACAUGGUCUCUGGCGAUAUGUGGCAAGGACUUUCUUUUCUCCGUCAAUGAAUAAUUCUUUCAAAGUGUGCAAAUGAAAAUUUGAUAUGAGUAAUAGAGAAUUAUGCACCUCAUGGGUAUUGGUCGGGUCGAUAGGAAACAAAACUGAAGAUGCCUAAAUUAAUGCAAUCUUAUUAAUGCAAGAUUCAAUGGCACGUCCGCACUCAUCCAUUACCAACCCAAUCCAAAUAAGAAUGUGAGUGAAUAGUGGGUUAGAAUUAAACUAACUCGUUAGCAAGUACGUGAAUCAGUUUAAUCUCGACCCCCUCCCAAGCAACCCAGUGCGCACCUCUAGUUUUCCUUGUCGAUGUUCUCGCUUUUCUAAGCUGAUAACUUCUAGCAUAUUCCCUCUGAAGGGUUGAUUCCACUAAUCCAAAUUCACUACUAAAAUUGGUAAAAACUAAUAGUUUCACUUCAUUUUGGUAAAAUUGUGACCAUGUUCCAAAUUCCAUAUUCAUAUUUGGAAUUUAAAAUGUCCAUGUGGCUCACGGAUUUGGACUCUCAAAAUCCUUCUGCCCCAUGAAUUUGGUCCUUACACCAAAAUGUAGGGCAAAUAAUGGAUUUAUGCUAACUCCAUGUCUCAAAACAAUGAAGCAAACAACCCCCUAGAUUAGGUUCCUCAUUAAUGUAAGUGGAAUAUGAUUUGUUGAGAUUUAGUGAUUUUUAAAUCCCCUACUUUUCCUAAUCAAUUUGUGAUUCCCUUGGUUAACUCUAAUUUUGAGAAGAAAAAACACGGUACAAACGAGUUCAUUAUGAUAUACAAAAUUAUAUCAAAUUUUGAUAUAUUUCGGGAAAUUAUUUUGGAACAUCCUCUACCAUCCAUUGCCUCAUUCGUUAUAACUCGGAUUGUGUAAUUUUUAGGGAUGAGUUCAUUGUGAUUUACAAAAUAAUAUUUAUUAUCUAUACAUUUAUGGGGAGAGAUUUUCAGAUCAAUCAUAUCACCUUCUAUCAUAGUGGAAUGAUAAGGUAGAACUUAGGUAACCAAUUCGUAGAGCGAGAACGGAAGUGUGAGAACGUUUAUCUUUGAAGAACUCGAUAUUGAAAGCGUGCAGAGAGCGUUAAUAUUAUAUCAAUAUUUUUCUUGUUUUUCUGCCUUCUCCAAUAUUUAUUUAGUUUUAAUAUCUACCAUAAAAAUAUUAAAUUAAAACAAGUAGAUAUUUUUUAUAAGAAACCUGGGGUACUUAUAUUAAUUGGGCUUUAGACUGUUACAGUCCGCUAGGAGAGUUGGAAUAAGAAAAAUGGGUGGCCUGAAAGUCCAGACCUCCUCAGCAUCCCAGUUACAUAAUGAAUGGGCCAUCAGAUGGGCCGCCAUAUUUGUUUUUGGCCUACAAAAAGGAUGGUGAGCCCACCCACAGCAAUCUCUGUCUCCUCCGUUUCCUCCUUCAGUACCCGAUCGGCGACCAAUUUAAAAUCGGACGCAAUCAACCCUGAUCGAAAAUGGAACAAGCAUGCAAAUUCAGGAAGCCAUGGUCUCCUUACCCUUCUAACUCCCCCAAAGCAGAAAUUUCCAUCUCCAUCUCUCACGAGCACUCCAAAACCAGCACCCUGCCCCUCAAACACAAUUGCAUCCACGUUGAUCUUGAAACUCCCCGAUGGUGGGGGUUGCCACAUUGCUUCUUGCCGCGUGCUACAGUUGCGUUCUUCCCAGAUGAACCAGAUGGCGACGAUGAACUGUUCCAGGGCAUCUAUCGAUCCUAAUUCUUGUAACUCGCAGAUUCACUCUUCACAGGUAGUUCCAAGUUCUGAUUCUUUCCGGAGCAAUAGUGACCGGGAAGAUCUAGGAGAGCGAGUCAAAUCGUUAUGGGCAAGGUGAAUUACAUUGGCAAGCUUUAGUUAUACGUUCAAUACAUCACACAGGGGGGACUACGAAGGAAAAUUACAGGGACGAUGAUGUUAUGAUUUCCAAAGUCGUCUUCUGGAGCAGUCUUUUAGGAGUUAGCGAUUCUCCAAAAUACAAAUCACGCUCUCCCCAAAGAAAAAUCGCAAACUUUCUGCAAAUUCCCAACAAUUCGCGUUUACACGCUCCAAUGCGGGAGCAGCCGGCCUACCAUGACGAAUUAGAUAACCUAAGGCAGAACAAUGAUAGAUGAUGAUCAAUAUAUUCCUAGUUCCUACAAUCAAGGGUGGAUGCAACAUCAAGCUGGGUGGGUUCCAUAACACACCUUGAAUCUUGGCGAAUGUUUCAAAAAUGAGGAGUUAUCGUAAAAUGUCCCUAGGAGAAUCAAAACUAGUUAUCACUGGCAAGAGAGUUCCACGUGUUCACUUGUGAGUUGCUACUACUACUGGGAAUGCGUUGGUAUGGUUACUUAUUUUUUUAGUAAUUACGAGGCUAUUAAAAUCUACACCAUUCAUCAUCUCUUUUUUUUUCUAUUUUUAAAUCGACGAUAAAUAUUAGAGUAAGGUUAAUUUUGAAAACAAAAAAAAUAUCACACCUGAUUUCUAUAUAUUGAAAACAAAAAAAUAUCACACCUGAUUUCUACUGGGAAUGUGUCGGAUUGUUGCUGUGCGGCGGUGAGGAAUCGGCAAAGGAUCCAUAUCUGGUUUUUUCAUUGUGGUAUGUAUUUUUUUCAUAAUGGUAUUGAUUUUUUUUAGUUUUAUUAUUUUUUGGCAUUGGUAUUGAUAUUGAUUGUGCAAUGAUAUUGGUUUUUUAUAUUGAUAUUAUUGUAUUGGUAGUGACCAUCAUGUAUCGGUAUUAGUUAAAUCUGCAAUGGUAUUUUCUUAAUGUAAUGGUAUUGUUUUUCCUAAUAAUAUUGAUUUAUUUCUGCAAUUGUAUUUGUGCUUUUCGAAGUGGUAGUAGUUGUCUAAUGGAUUGGUAUUGAUUUAUUUCUGCAAUGCUAUUGGUGUUUUCCGAAACGGUAGUAGUUGUUUAACAGAUUGGUAUUGAUUUGUUUGUAUUUGUGUUUCCGAAAUGGUAGUGGUUGUCUAUAUUGAUAUUGAUUCUUGUUUAAUUUUUGCAGUGUUAUUAUUUUCGAUUGAACGGAGAAGGAAAAGAUUGAGGAAAAAAAAGAGAUCUGGCUGGAGAUUGUCGAAGUGAGACAAAAAGAGAGAAAAUUAUAAUUAAUAUAUUUUUGUAACUUUCUAAAAUGUAAUUUAUUAAAAAAAUUAAUUAAUAAUUUGUCAUACUCAAUUUGCCCUUAGUAACCAUGAUGAUUACUAUAAAUGAUGAUUGUGGAAGUGAACGGAGAAGGAAAAGAUUGAGGGAAAAAAAAAAGAGAUCUGGCUGGAGAUUGUGGAAGUGAGACAAAAAGAGAGAAAAUUAUAAUUAAUAUAUUUUUGUAACUUUCUAAAAUGUAAUUUAUUAAAAAAAAGUAAUUAAUAAUUUGUCAUACUCAAUUUGCCCUUAGUAACCAUGAUGAUUACUAUAAAAUGAUUACUAUAAAAUAGUAAUCACUGUAACAUGUCCGGCUACUAUUGCUAUACUGGUGGGCUACAAGUAGUGGAAAUGGAAUCAUUAAGCUUUGUAAGGAAAUGUUUGUAUGAAAGAAUCAUUAAGCUUUGUAAGGAAAUGGAAUCAUUAAGCUUUGUAAGGAAACGAUUUCAUUAAUGUACCGACUUAUGAAAUUGGCAUUGUAGUUGCCAGUUGUCACUACAAAUAUUGAAAAAGAGCAAUGAACUAUGUGUAGAACACACUACGAAGUUGAAUGAGUGAUAAAUGAUUUAAUAACUUUUUCGUAAGAUAUGUUGAGAGCUACAUCUUGUAUAGUUUGAAUAGUAAUGUAUUUAAAAGACUUACUAAAAACACAUCAUGAAUCAUUAUAAACAUUAAAUUUCAUA